UUGCAGGAAGCGAAGGUAGCUUCUUUUUGAAUGAACUAGUUGGUGGAGUGAUGAUAUCAGCCCAGCCAUUAUCCCUGUUUAGUCUGUCUCCGCUAUCGAUAGCCUACCCUGACCUAUCCUAGGCCGAGAUGUACGAGGGCCACAUCAAAAAAGACAUCAGGUAUUGGAAGAUUCCGCGAGACUCGGACGAGAUCGGUCGUUUAAUGCAAUUCUUCCCCGUCCUACUUCAACUUACACUACUUCUUUCUCUACCACACAUUUACGCCUUUCACUCGCUGUAUGGCAAUCUAGCAGAUGUGUUGUCUCUAUUACACUCGCUUUAUAUCUACCUAGUAUUCACUCACUUAUCAAGGCUUCAAGGCUUCUGCAGAGUACCCCACGUCAGUUGUGACAACUCGACAGCAACCCAUCGAUCCACUGUUCGAUUUUCCUCUCAGCCCUCCUCCUCCUCCCCAGGUCGCAUAACUGGCGGAAGGACAGAGCGAAUCCCUACCGUCAGCGGUUCGUUUCUGAAACAACCCAUUAUUUAAAAAUUGAUGAGAGCGGGAAAUCGCAAAUUGACGUCACUAAAUCCUCAUCGCCAUUCUCAAUCGCACGUGUAAGCCGUGCAAGAAUAAUCGUCUGAUCUAACUCAGUUGCAGUUCGGCAGCGGCAGCAACGGGUACCACGGAUGCAAACUCUCUUAUUCAAAGGAGAUCUCAAUCUAUAAAAUUCAAUCUUUUAAAUCAUCCAA